AUGUCCUCCUCCACGGGUGCCCCGACGCCUUCUUCCACCUCUACGGCUGCAGGCAAAGCGCCGAGAGUCCUUGCUUGUGUUCUCUGCCAGCACCGAAAAAUCAAAUGUGACCGGAACACCCCUUGUUCCAACUGCGUCAAAGCUAGUGUAACAUGUACGCCGAGCACUCCGGCUCCAGCCCGGAAGAGGCGGCGGCCAAAUCAAGAUCUUCAAGAAAGGCUCGCCCGGUGCGAGGCUCUGCUCAAAAACUAUGCGUCGGCGGCUGCAUCCAGCGAGCCCGAGGCCACGGCCGCUGCCCUGAGCGCCAUCAACGAAUCGAUUCCCACUUCGGUUGGCAACCGAAGUUCUAUGAUUGCCCGCGAUCCUUCCAAAUAUCCCGAGCCCAUGCCACCAUGGGCACCUGCUGGAAAGGUUGUGGUUGAAGAUGGAAGCACUCGCUUUGUAGACAGCUUUCUCUGGUCUAAGCUUCAUGAUGAGCUCAACGAGAUGCGGAGAAUCAUCGAGGUGGAUGAGGCCGAAGACCACAGCACCUUGGCUUCUGAAGCCCCCACCCCCGAAGAUGCCACUGAUCUUCUUCUCGGCGACUAUGCCAGCAUGAGCAUCGACGACGCAUAUCCGGAACCCGUGCACGUUUUCCGCCUGUGGCAAAUUUUCCUCGAAAGGGUCAACCCCCUCUGCAAAAUCAUACAUGUGCCAUCCGUCCAGCCCUACGUGGUGGAGGUCGCGAGCGGCAACUGGAACGUUCCGGCCAAUUAUCAACCCCUCCUCUUUUCGAUCUUUAGCAUCGCCGUUUUUGCCAUGUCCGACUCGGAAUCGCGCCAAAUGCUAGGUUUGCCUCGGGAAACGGCCUUGAAGAAAUUUACAUCAGGUGUCCGAGCGGCGCUCAUGAAGGUCAAUUUCAUGAAAACUUAUGACCUUUUAAUCCUCCAAUCCCUCGCAUUCUAUCAGCUUGCACUUCUUGGGCGUCACACGCGUCAUGCGUCAUGGAUCUUUAGCGGCGUUUGUAUUCGAAUCGCGCAGAAGAUGGGGCUUCACCGGGACGGCGAGAGUCUUAACCUCACGCCCUUUGAAACGGAGAUGCGGCGAAGACUAUGGUGGCAAUUGGUGAUCCUAGAUGCCAUGUGGGCGCUCUUAUCAGGCAUGUCCUAUCCGGUUGUAUCCGUCAACUGGACCACCAAGGUGCCGCGAAACGUUAACGACGCCGAUCUCUUCCCCGGAUCUUCUGAGCCUAUCCAGGAAAGGGAAGGGCCAACCGAGAUGGGAUUUUGCCUCCUAAUGGCGACAGUUUGGGGUUUCAUCAUCAAAGUGCACCACCAGUUCCCUGGGUUCGAGGCCGCGAUUCUUGGAUUUGACGUCGAGUCUAUUGGUGCCAAGGAUCGACCUCGGGAUGGGUCCGCCGGCCUCGUGGACGCGAACCAGCAACAAAAAUACAAGACUUUGAUGGGUCAGCUGAGCGCGGAUAUUGCGAGGGUGCAGGAGCUUUUCACGCCGUUGACAGAACUGCCCGAAUACGGAACGGAGAUUUUCACGACAGAUGAUAAUCUCUUUCGCCUCGGCGUGCUCAACCUCGAGAGCAAUAUGGAUAUGUACGACAUGAUGAAUACCAAAGGCUUCUUUUGGUACUGCAGGCUACAUUUCCAAAUCGAGAUGAUUACGGCACUGGUGGGGCAGAUGAUCACACGGCAGACGGGAUCGUACGUUGAUCGGGCGUGGACGGGGCUGGAGAUGAUGUACAGGUAUCACGAAGAGCUGUUCGAUAUGUCGCAAAAGGCCAACGCGCUUGCGCAACAAGGGCAAACGGCGGUUGUGCCCCACUUCGUGCAGGAGUUGAUCAAGGGCCUCCCCGACGGCAGGAUGUCCGAAUCGGCGACCCCCAUUAGCAUGACAUCGUCGGCGGUGAGCGUGAUGGGAACCAAUCACAAGCCCAGCUCCCGGGAAUUGUCGGGCGCGUCCAUGAAAUGGGAGUUUGGGCCGGCGCACGGUGGUAGCGUCAUGGCUGGGGCCGAUACCGCGACUUUUGGGCCGGGGCUGAUGGACAUCGGCCCGGUGGACUGGGAUAUGUUUGCCGAAAGCAUGGCCUCGGGGCAGGGUCAACAGGGACCUGGCCCCGGAAUGGGAUUUGGUGCUAUGGGCCCUAAUAUGGGGCACCACUGGUAG